CACCACCGGUUAGGUCUCGACACGCAGCAGACGAGUACUUUAUGCUUUUGGAGUGAAACCUAUAUGGAAAAACUGCAAAAUAUGCCAGCCUGUAUUUAGUCCUGUCUGUGUGAUACCAGGAAGCUGUUUGCAGAUAAUACCGCAGCCCCAGCCUGAGUUGCCGGCAGUCUGACAGCCAGGCCUCUUGCCCGACGUGUGGGACCGCGGCCCGGAAACAGCAGCCUGGUCUGGCGCACGCCUCAGGAGUCAACGUGCUGCGAGGCUCACCAUGAAGCAGGCUCUGGCUCUCCUUGGCCUGGCCUUCCUGUCGGUGCUCCGGGCUGGGGGCGCUCAGCAGACGGUGGACGACACCUGCUCCGUGCAGAUUCUCGUCCCCGGCCUCAAAGGGGAUGCUGGAGAGAAGGGGGACAAAGGCGCACCAGGACGGCCUGGAAGAGUCGGCCCCACGGGAGAGAAAGGAGACGUGGGUGACAAAGGACAGAAAGGCGGCGUGGGGCGCCAUGGAAAAAUCGGUCCCAUUGGUUCUAAAGGCGAGAAAGGAGAUUCUGGUGACAUAGGACCCCCUGGCCCUAAUGGAGAACCAGGCAUCCCGUGUGAGUGCGGCCAGCUGAGGAAGGCCGUCGGGGAGACAGACAACCAGGUCGCGCAGAUCACAGCGGAGCUGAAGUUCAUCAAACACGCCGUCGCCGGCGUGCGCGAGACGGAGCAGAAGAUCUACCUGCUGGUGAAGGAGGAGAAGCGGUACGUGGAUGCACAGCUGGCCUGCCAGGGCCGGGGCGGCACGCUGGGCAUGCCCAAGGAUGAGGCCGCCAACGGGCUGCUGGCCGCCUACAUCGCGCAGGCCGGCCUGGCCCGCGUCUUCAUCGGCAUCAACGACCUGGAGCGGGAGGGCACCUUUGUCUACGCGGACCGCUCGCCCAUGCAGACCUUCAGCCAGUGGCGCAGCGGGGAGCCCAACAACGCCUAUGACGACGAGGAUUGCGUGGAGCUGGUGGCUUCCGGGGGCUGGAACGACGUGGCCUGCCACCUCACCAUGCACUUCCUCUGCGAGUUCGACAAGGAGCACGUGUAGCGGGGGCCCUGCUGCUCCAGCAUCGGCGGCCCCUCCGCCACCGGGUGGCUGCCGGCUGCCACCACGGGUGGGAGGCUCUGCCCGCCACGUGGUCCCCAAGCAGGAGUGCGGGGUCCCCGGUAAAGGCUCCUUUUCUGAAUCUUAGAGAAUGGUGCAUGCUUGGGCGAAAAAGAAGAAGAAAAAAAAAAACGUGUUUCUGGGUACUACGUCUGAAGAACUAGAGUUUUAUUAUUUGUAGUGUAGACAAAAUGUUCGUUAUGUAAUUAUUACUCAGAAUCGCUCUUGGCUUUGUGCAAAGCAUGAAACGAGAUCUUUAAAUGUUAUAACAGUUAAGUACAAACAAUGGUAGAGGGGUCUUCAAUGACUACCUUCCUUUUAAUUUCUAUAUGGAAAAGAAUCCUCUUAGCUUAGAUCAAUGCUUCUGUAAAUGUGGAAACAAUUUUGCUUUGCUGCGGAU